CACAACCUCAACCUCGAGCGACCAACGCAUUCACCGACUCUGCGUCGCCACUAUGAAGUCCAAUAUUCGCCCAAUGCGUGCCCCGUCGCGGCCCAUCUGCCAAUUGUGCGAUUACAUUUCACGACAGCCAGGAUACCGACGUUCUCUCAUCGCUACCGCAGCCAUCAAAGCACGCUCCAUCCAGCGACCACAAUCUACAAAGCAAAAUGUUGCAUUCCCGACAGCGCCGAGGAGGCAAUUCUGGACUGGUCAUAAAUUGCAAGAGCAGGAACUAGAGAUUGAACAUCCACGGAGAACAGCAGAGAAUUCAGUGUCUCUAAAUGCCAGACUACAAAAAGUGGAAGAGCAAAUCGCCUAUAUCAAGGAUUCGCCCAAGGUGGAGGGAGAAGAGGUCAUCCUAGAGGUUUUCCAUGCGCUGCAAGCCAUAGCGGAACAGGCAAUCGAAAUUCGAUCAGGGCAACCCCAGCGAGCAAAACUCAACUUGCGCCAGAGUUCGGCAGGCGCCAUAUUGUCCCUCAAUGCAGACGACAGCCCAAGCAGCGGUGCACGCCGGAAAAGGAGCACACAAGCAUCCGACAACCUCCCUUCCCCGAAGUACAUCUCCGAACUCGCGGUCGAUCUUGUGAAACAUCCCAAAGUUUUCAUCUCCCCCAGCGUCCUCGAAGCCUUUGUCGACCUCCACAAAUUGAUCGGCCGGCCACAGGCCAUCCCCGAGAUCCUCCACCUGUACGCCCACAAGCCAAUCCCUGAACUUGGAUCCUCCCCACCAAAAUUCUUGACGCCAUCGCCCAAAGGCUACAAACAAGCCGUACCAGCACCCAUUGCCGAGAAGGCAUUGUCCAUCGCAAUCGACGCAAAGGAUCUGUCUCUCGCUCUCAGCGUAAUCGACUACACAUACUGCGCACCAGCAUGGCGAUCGUAUAAGCUCGUGACGAAAGUGCUGCCUCCCAGCAUUGUAGCGACAAUAACACCCGUGGCGUUGUACAUGAUCGCCAACGAAAUGUCCUUUUACUCCGGAUACAUCGACCCCUGGACCUUCAAGGUGUACGCAUUCAUGGGACUCUUCACCUACGCAACAUGCACAGGCACGUUGGGAUUCGUCGCUAUGACCACCGCAAAUGACCACUUUGAUCGAGUGGUCUGGAGACCCGGUAUGCCGCUGUUCGACCGAUGGGUGCGGGAGGAUGAGCGUGCGGCUUUGGACAAGAUAGCCGGCGCGUGGGGAUUCAAGGAGAGCUGGAAGCGUGGCGAUGAGGAGGGUGAGGACUGGGAGGGUCUGAGACAGUGGAUCCUGCUCAGAGAUAUGAUCCUCGACAAGCCGGACCUCAUGCCUGGUAUGAACGCGUAGUCAAGCAUCGUGUGAUUGAUAAUUGCUUUCGCUUCUCCAGUGUCCAUACUGUUAACUAGAGUGUUAUCAACAGUGUUACUAUAUCAAUGUAUCAUAAGUUAGUAUAUGCGGAUGUCUUCCCAUAUAUCAAAACCUUCUACAUGUAAACUCC